UUAUUGGCUCGCAGUUCUAGUUCUCUGGCAGUUAUCGGGCUACCACCACAGAUAACCUGGAAGUUGGUAACGGAAUAACUGUGUGUCUAGACGUUCCUGACUCGGUGACUUCAGUUAAAGGUCGUAGAUCCCGGUGAUAUUUCCAGAGAGGGUAGUAACUGGAGCGAACAAAUAUUUUCGUACUGCUACGGGCCAUCGCGGAGAGGGGAUGGCAAAUAACGGGAAUCUAUUGUCUCAUUUCUCUGCAAUUCUUGGUGUUCCGGAACACUGGAACAGGUGUCACUCUCUUUCCGGCCUUUGGUUGCGUUAGAGGGUAUUGACUUUCGUUCCGCGUUCUUGUUUUUCUUUGUGUUGUUGCUUACUACCAAUAGUUGCCAACAUGAAGAGGUCGAGGACAAGCGAAAUGUGGUCAUAUUUCGAAAUUCUUGAUCGAGAGUUUGCGAAAUGUACUUUGUGCGGUAAGAAAUUAUCGUACAAAUCAACGACGACGAAUUUAAAGAAACAUCUCCAGAAAUCACAUUUAAUUGUGGAUUUCUCUUCACAAAGACCUUCGGAGCUAGAUUUGGGUGAAUCCCUUCCUGUAGAGGUGAUCCUUGGCACCAGUAGUGUGGAAGAGGAGCGAGCUGCUCCAGCCCCCUCAAUGCAGCAAGGUGUUCAAAGUUCUAUGACAUCGUACCUCUCCAAAAGGAUCGGAGUGAAUCAGAAAAAGAAGAUAGAUGAGCAACUUCUUCAGCUGUUCACUAAAGACUUACAACCAUUUUCAGUCGUUGAAGAUUCGGGGUUUCGGGGUUUUGUGCGGGCCCUUAAUCCUGGUUAUGAGUUACCAAGCAGGAAGCAUAUUUCAGAUGUAAUGCUGCAAGCAGCAUACACAGCAGCAAAGGAGAAAGUGGUAGACAAACUGUCAGCUGCGAAGACAGUUUGUUUGACCACAGAUUGCUGGACAUCGGCAGCAAAUGAAGGUUACAUGGCGGUGACAGGGCAUUUUGUGUCUGAAGAUUUCACCUUGCAAUCGGUGUUGUUAGGAUGUUCCCAAUUGUCUGGUGCACAUACUGCUCCGAAUCUGUCGGCAUCUCUAAUAGGCACGACAGAUAACUUCAGGCUGACAGACAAAGUUUUGCUGGUUGUGACGGAUAAUGCACCAAAUAUUAAAAAUGCAGUAUCCAUUUUACGGUGGAAACACUUUGGGUGCUAUGCACAUACACUAAAUCUUAUUGUUCAGAAUGCACUAAAACAUUUUGUGUCAAUUCAGCAGAAAGUGAAAACUAUUGUAGCAUUCUUCAAGAGAAGCUGCAAGGCAACAGAAAGACUGCUGACAUACCAACAAAAUAAUGGGGCAGGUCAUGUUAAAAAACUGGUGCAGGAGGUGCCAACAAGGUGGAACUCUACUCUGUAUAUGUUGGAGCGAAUAGUUGAAAUUAAAGAUGCAGUGAAGACUUCACUUGUACUAUUCACAGUUGAUUUUGAACAACUUACCGACGAGGAAUGGAACAUCUGCUCAGAACUCUGCUCUGUGUUGAAGCCAUUUGCACAGGUUUCAACACAGCUUAGUGCUGAGUCAUAUCCUACUGGCAGCCAAGUUAUUGUUCUGACAAGGGGAUUAUUAUCAGUGUGUGCAGAACUUUUGAAACGGCCAUUUAACAGUGUGACAAGGACUAUCAUUGAAGAAUUAACAAAAGGCCUGAAGGACCGUUUCCACAAUGUAGAGAUGAGCAAAUCUAUAGGAGUAGCCACUCUACUAGAUCCACGGUUUAAAUCUCUUGUGUUUGAAAGCCGAGUUGCAGCAGAUAAUGCAAAGAAACAGCUUAUUGAACUAGUAGCACAAAAGAUGGGUGACAGAAGACUGACAAACACAGGCCAGAGCCAUGAAACUGUGUCAACUUCAACCACCACUGAUCCCUUGUCAGUAUGGGGUGUCUAUGAUGCAUUUGUAAAAUCAACACAGCCCCAGGGCACUCCUCAGUCAGCUGCUAUUGUGGAAGUACAAAGGUACAUGGACAGCCCAGUUAUUAGUAGAAGUGAGGAUCCACUGGCCUGGUGGCGUGAAAAUCAAUAUAUUUUCCCAAAUAUUGCUAAAGUGGUGAGGGAAAAAUUCAAUAUAGUGGCCACUUCUGUGCCGUGCGAAAGAAUAUUUUCUAAAACUGGUAUCAUUAUAAAUGAAAGGCGAACACGGCUGAAGGCGUCCAAAGUUGAAAAACUUAUAUUUCUAAAUAUGAACAGUACUAACUCCUGAAUUUCCUGUUACAGGUAGUGGAUUCGAGAGGCACACCAACACCAGCAGAUGAGUCUCAGUUUAAUACUUGGGAUAUUAUAACAGUAAGUUACAGCUCCAGAAGUCAGUCACCAGCAGCAAAUGUCACACAGUUAUAAAAUGGGAAACUUGAAGAAUAAGUUAUAGCUCCAGAAAACCACCACCAGCAGCAGAUGUCACAGUUAUAAAAUGGGAAACUUGAAGAAUAAGCUCCAGAAGUCAGUCACCAGCAGCAAAUGUCACACAGUUAUAAAAUGGGAAACUUGAAGAAUAAGCUCCAGAAGUCAGUCACCAGCAGCAGAUGUCACACAGUUAUAAAAUGGGAAACUUGAAGAAUAAGUUAUAGCUCCAGAAAACCGCCACCAGCAGCAGAUGUCACAGUUAUAAAAUAGGAAACUUGAAGAAUAAGCUCCAGAAGUCAGCAGCAGCAGACAUCACACAGCCAUAAUGCGAGAAGUUUGAAGAAUAAUGUGUUAUGGCUCCGAUAGUCUUCCAGCAGCAGUAAAUGUUACACAGUCCUAUAGAGGCAAACUUGAAGUAUGAGGUAAUAGUGUUUUGCACAGAAUGGCAAACUUGACCUUUCACUUAAAAUGAGGUAUCGGCUUUGAAAUUUGGUCACUGGAUACAACUAUAUUAUCUUUCAUGUUGAUAGCAGCAAUCAUCAGAUUGCAAUCCAGUUUAGUACCUGUGAGGCAUGAGAUGUCAAAAAUACUUGUGGGUUAUUGGUAGCCUGUGUCGAGGCAUGUGGCACCUCAAAGUUUGUAAGUACAGUAGCAUUUUGUUUUCUGCUUUACUUAAAAAUUGUUAGCUGUAGCACCCAUUCUGACAUUUAAUUAUUUUGAAUUUCAAGUUUCUUAAAAUAAUACUGACAUCAGUUUCAUGUGUGUUAACACUAAUCCAUAUAUUAUUGUUAAUAUAUGCUAUUUUCCUCAGAUGUUAACUGAAAUUGUUUUAUUAUAAUGAUAACAACACUUCAUCCUUUGUAGACUUGCAGUAUAGGUUACCUGCUGAGAAAUAUUUACUGGAAGAAAUGGUUUCUUUGAAUAGGACCGAAAGGAAUACCACUGAAAAUGCCAAAAGUGAAUUGGUGAAACCUCUUGUGCUCAAUACUAAAUUUCAUUUGCAAAACACAGAAGUUUUCCUAUCUUUGUGGUGGAACACAACAAAUUCUCAUAAUUUUGCUAGUUUGUAUUCUAGAAAGGGUGCCAGAAAUGGAAGAGUAUAAUUUUUAUUAAAUCGGGCAUUACAUGUAAGUACGUUGGAGUACAGAAAGGGUGCAACUGGCCUUUCCCACUGUAGCCUGAUGUGCUCCAACAUGCAUUUGUACUGAUGUGCAGGUGGUUAUAACACUAGUAUCAAACUGCAUGGUACCCACUUACUAAUGUGACCUACCCUUGCAUGAUCUGCUGCAGACAGCAAGAUAUCCACUACUGCUCUUACUACCUGUCCAACAGUUGUGGAGGAUUUUUUACCCUUGGUGCUUGCCAUGACAUGUUUUGCCCUCUGCCCUUAAAAUCUCAAUUCUUGUUACAUUUUUCAUCCAUUUUCUAUCUCCUGAUGGACCUGUAUUGAUUAAAAAACUAAUCAAUGCAGAGGUGAUUGUAGAACUUUUGCUAGUGGCAGUGUGGAGGGGCUCCACUCUUUAAAAAAUGAAAUUACAUUGUGGGACAUGGAAUUAUUAUUAGAGGCUUUCAUGGACAUUUUGUUUACUGAAAAAGUUAGUCAUUAUGCGAGGUAUUUAAAUGUUAACUUCAAAUCUAAAAGUGCAUCAAAAGAUAAAUUUCAGUAAGUCUUUAGCAAGUUUCAGUAUCUUGCUUCACAUGCUGGAACCUCCAACUAUAAAAAAGUGUUUUGCAGAGAACAGCUAUUCAGAUGUUAACAUCCCAGAAUUUGUGUAAAAGAUAUCCCUUACAUUGUUAGUUUCAUUGUGGUCACACUCUAGUGUAGUUUUAUCAGCAUACAUAUAGAAGUUUGAAGAACAUAUUAAAUUAAUUGCUAGACAUGCCUUAAGUGAAUAUGUUUACUACUAAUGUGAGUCAGCUAAGUAGUUGCUGUAAGUUUUUAUGUUGUUUCUAAAGUGUCUUUAGACAAGGAUAUUUCUGCUGUUUGUUUCCUGCUCUUCUGUUUCAGAUAACUUCUCAUAUAUGCAGCAACUGCUGAAGCAGCCUCUGGCAGUUUAUUGAAGUUCCGUGAACAAAGUGUUGUGUGGUCUGUUUGUGUAAAGUGAUAAAGAAAAAUGUUAAAGUGUAAUUGCAUAUAUAUUUAAUCAUUAUUUUUGCUAGUGGUAAGACCUAUUUUCAUGUAAAUCAGAACAUUGUACAAUAGGUAACAACUGAAUGAGGCAGUGUAGCUAUUAACAGCACUGACCUCAUAUUCAGGAGGAUGGGGUUCGCUCUGUCUGGCCAUCCUGAUUCGGGUUUUCCAUGGUUUUCCUGGAUCGCUAAGGCAAAUGCCGGGAUGGUUCCUUCAUCAAGGCCACGGCUGACCACCUGUCCCAACCUUAAAGAGAUCCUUUAAACAUUGUGUGUAUACCCAAAUUUUGAAUUAUUGAUGUUUGUUGUAUUAUGUUGAGAUAUUCUUGGAUGAAAUAAAAAAGUUCAUACAUUUGUA